AAGUUAUUUCAAAGGGAAAAAAGGCUUAAGAACGCGCUUGACAGCACUAAGAGAUUAUUCCCAAGUGUGUAACCUGAGGGCUGUGGGAAAUUUCCUCAAGGCUCUACUGACUGCAAGCUCCAACCUGAAUAAACAGCCAACCUCAUUUAUUCCUCUGUCGAAUGAGGACGAUGGUACCUACAUCACCAGGCGUUGUAGGGACAGUCACCUUCAGCUAUUGCACGCAACCAGAUGAUUCGCCUUCGUGCUCUGAGCCUUUAAAGCGCUUCACUUGAUCUUUAUCUGUAUUGGUCCAGGCCCUUCAGUUAAGGUGAGCUUGCUCAUGCAGCUUUGAUUAAACAUGACCUCCUUGUUUGCUCAAGAAAUUCACCUUUCUAAGAGACAUGAAGAAAUAGUAUCACAAAGAUUAAUGUUACUUCAACAAAUGGACAAUAAAUUUAUAGAUGAAAACAAGGGAAAGGCAUCUCAGAUGCAAGCAGCUGAGACUGCUUUUAAAAGGAACCUCAGUCUUUUAAUGGAUAUAGAAGCCGCAGAAAAGUCUCUGCAGACCCGGAUUCACCCAAUUCCAUCACCAGAGGUGGUUUCUCUUGAGACUCUUUACUGGGCAUCAGUAGAAGAAUAUAUUCCCAAAUGGGAACAGUUUCUUUUAGGAAGAGCACCAUAUCCUAUCGGUGUUGAAAAUGAAAAUGAAGCAGAAAAUACCGUUCAGAAUGAGGCACAGUGAUAACUACUUCACAUACUCUUUUCAAAAAAAAAAAAAAAAAACCUUUUUAGUACAGCUGAGUAUUAAAGAAUACGCAGGUCAUUUCGGGUGCCUUAGGAAUCGAAUAUGUUCAUAUUGUCCCGUUACCUCCUCGAUGACAUGAAGAUAAGAGAAUCAGCUGACAAAUCUCAGGUUCUAUCACUUUGAGACCUACUCUUACUUCAGAGUCAUGAAUUUGCUUUCUGCCAAGCCCAUGGAAGUGUUAAGAGCUAAUACUGAAAGCUGGACUGUUUAUUAAGUAAGUUGCUAAGUAAGUGUUACAUGUGUCCUUCUUUUAAAAAAAAAAAAUCAUUUAUAAUCAUUCUCAUCUAAACAAUGAAUACUUGUUCUGACUUUACAUUUUCUAGAAUCAUUUUGGCUUUUUUAUUAUGGGGAUUGGGUUCAGCACAGAAUCCAAGUGGCUGUUGGCCUUUAGUUUCCUUUAACAAAUGGAAAAAAUAGAGGCACUGAACUGCUUCAAUAUAGUAUGUUAGACAAUGGAUUUAUAGGAUUUUGUCCCUUAUAGAUAAUCAAACCUCUGAAGGUUCCGGAGGAAAGAACUAAACUACAAAGCAUUUGAGAAGUAGCCAGUUUCAGCGGGGCUCAGACUUGGUUCAGAAAAAGGUCACCUAUUAGAGCUAGAAAUGGUAUUGGAUUUUGACUUAGUUAGUUAAGGACUACCAACUCUGUGAAUGCAAGUAACUCCCCUCAUCUUUUCAUCGUUAAACUUGCCCUUCCCUCUCCUUUGUUUUAUUUCCUAAACAACUGUCAGAAAGCUUUGCAGCUCCCCAGUCCUCCACUGCUAGAGUGCUCGAAAAUUUUUUUUUAAUUUUUCUGACUAUAGACGCAGCUCCUGCUAGUAAGGGGAGUCUAUGCUCAUUACAAUUCAAGAGUAUAAAAAUUUCAAACUGGUGUGUGUUUUUACAUGAAGACAGUAGGACAAGCUUUAAACAAACAAACAAACAAAACCUAUAUUGAAACGUCCAUUGUGCUGAUCAGUUCCUUUAAACUACCAUCUUGGAAAUAUCCUGUUGAGUGGGUGUUGGUGUGGGUAACAAUAAUGUUGUUUUCAUAAUAUGCGCUGGCAGAUUAGCACACUUCUCUACAGUGUUAACAGUUGUAAUUAAGGAAUAAACAGCACAGAGUGUCAGUCCGAUGACAAUUUCAUCUAUAGUGUCACAAUACAAAAUGUCACAAAAUAUUAGAACUGUUAUAUAACUAUAAAAAGUAUCGGCUUAAAAGCUGAAAGCCUUUAAAAAAGAGAGAGAGAGAGAAAGAAAGAAAACUGGCAUAGAGACCAGAACAAUUUAUACCUUCUCAAGAAUGUUCUGACAUGAAAAUAAAUUGAUAAUUUUUUUUUUCCUGUUACAUCACAGUUUGGUUUCUAGCCAUCCAGUUGAUUUAGCAGGAGAAUACAGGGCUUUUUAGCAGCUUUGAAUUGGUAAACAGAUUUAGAUGUAGUAGAAAGGAACAUGAGGAAUUUUUUUUUUCUUAACAUCCAAUCUUUCCCAGCAUAUGCACAUAAGAAGGUGAAUGAAGCGAUGUGAAACUUAUUUCUCUUUAGUCAAGUGAAAAAAAGGCUAAACAUUUGUUGAGAUGGUAAAAUAUUGUGUCAAGCAAGUAGGCACAUUCCAAAAUUAAACAGUGGUUGAUACAUUAACAUCCUCAAAUAUUUGAGUGCACACUUCCUUUGAGUUCUGUAAAUUAAAUCACCAGUAGAUUAGAUUAAAAUACAAAAUGAAUAGCAAUUUAACCAUCUCAGAAAAGGUGGGUUUUUUUCCUCCCCUAAAUUGACUAACUUGCUAAAUAGUUUCUAAAAAAGAGCAUACAUUUAAUAUACCCUGGGUUACGACUUAGGGCAGAAGAGAUGUUACUUCUAGGUUUUAGCUGUACUGUUUCCCUGUUACUAGUGAAUACCUCAAAAAUGCCCACAUGUGACUUUAUUCCUGGCCCCCACAUAGCUUCCCCCCCUUCCCUCCUUGUAGACUGUAACAGAUUGCACCACAUGGUGUAUGUUUAAAAAAAAAUUUCCAUAGGGACCUAGAUACCCCAUUAAAGGGCUUUAUAUUCUUUGAGGCAAAUUAGCUUUACAUAGGAAUUUCCAACUAUUGUUUUCUGUAAGGAGGGAAGAAAUACCAUAGAUCAUGUAUAUUUUGUAUGGCUCUUAGUAGAAAUCAGACAAGGAAAAAGAAAGGUCAUCUACUCAUACUACCUCCCUGUCCCCCACUCCACCCCACCAAUUCAGUACCUUUACCAUAUGCUACAUUGUACCUCCUAGUCAUGAAAACUAAACUAUGAAUUUGUUUUUGCUUGUUUUUUUUUUUAAUAAUAACAAGAUUUUCAAAAUAAAGUUCAUUUCAAGAUUUUCUUUAAACAGCCUUCCUUGGAUUAUUGCAAAUGUGUAAAUAUUCAAAGCUCAUUUUAUGCUGGAAUACUUUUAGUACAUGAAAUUAUUAAACUAUAAAAUAUUGAGGUCAGAAGGAGCUGCCGUUUUUCUCCAAACUUCAAAAAAUAAAUUUUACUAGGAAAAAGCCCAAUACUCUAGAAACCAGACAUCUGGUCUUUCCUGGGUGUUGGGAGCAGUGUGAAUGAAAAUGAGGUCAAAUGGACAGUUUUUCCUUUGCAUUACAUACAAGGUGUUUUCACUUGUCAACUGAAGACCGAGAGGGCUGUAAUAAUCUUUACCUUUCUUCACAAUUUGGUCUUCUCUGCCUCAUCCCCCUUUUCCAUCAAAAAAAAAAAAAAGAGAGAGAGAGAGAGAGCGAGAAACAGAGAGAUGGGUAUGUGGCUGUAUUUUUGAAUCAAAAUUAAGCUUACCUGGGAUUAUUCUGUCACUUCUAAAAUAACCUGAGACAAGCCUGGGGGUGGAGGUGGGGGGUUUGAAAAACCAGGGUUAGCAAUCACAAGAAGGCCCUGUCAGGUUUUAGAGUAUAAAAUUUAGUGCACAAGGCCAUGAGUUUGGUUAAUCCACAAAAUAUAUUCUUUUCUUUCCUUAUUCUAUUAGUCUUUAUUACUCUAAACCAAUUCACAUUUUAUAUUUAAAAUAGACUUUGAAAAAAGUCUUAAAUCUUUCUGAUGAGUUUCUACCCUCCCUGUUUCAAGAACUGCCCAACCAUAAUAGCUACAUGGCUUGAAAACACUUUUCAACAGUCUGGCUGAUCUCUUUCACUUUAAUUAGGAUUCUAAGAUUUUUUUUUUUUUUAAGUGUUUCUGACUAAAACUUUACUCUUCAGAGAAGGUACUAACUAGAUAGUGAGUUCCAAUGCAAGAAAAAGAGGAAAAGCAAGCAAGCAAGCUGCAGAAAAUACGGAGAAGGGAAAAAGAAAUUACUUUGAGAAAGCUUUAAGUUGAAGCAGGAAGUGCCCUCCCCACCUUCUCGUGGUGUUUUUAUUUGUUUCUCUUAUAAUUUAGAAGUUGAUUUGUCUACAUAGGAAAUUUAAUUCCCUACUGCUAAUAAAAGAACGUUUUGAGUUUUCUGGGACAAACACAGGGACGUGUCAAACUUCAGCAAUUAAGGAGAGGAUUGAUAUGUGGAUUUGACACCUGGCAUUGUGAUCUCCUUUUUCUAACUAGAACUGACAUUAUAUCCUUACCUAAAUCCAAGACAAGGAAAAGGACGCCAACAAAGACAGAGGCUAAAAAAUACUUCCGGACAUCACCUUACCUCUCAAGAGUCAAGUUUCCUUGCUUAACAAGAGAAAAAGGACCCGGUUCCCUACUUACAGUAAUGUUGCAAAGUUCCUGCUAUUUUAAAACCUCUAAUUUGUAUUUCAGAGACAGAGCCUGAGACUGCAAAAGCAGUAUCUCUACUGACUAGCACGAAUCAAUAAAUAGUUGCUCGGAACAGAAA